AUGGCCUGGACAACGAGACUAGCCGCAAUCAGCUUGAUUGCGGCGCAGGCAGCGGCAUUAUCAGGCUCAACACCAGAGGAUUUGCUGGCUUACCCAAAGUACAGCGUCGUGCUUGCCAACGAACCGAUUGCCAGUGCAUCAGUCGACAGUCUGCUCAAUACUGCUGCCAACCGAGCCGAGCAUCACAAGGCCGAAUCAGAGCUGCGCACAUUGCAUCCGCAGAACGGUCAUGACCCUUCACACGGCAGCAAGAGUGGCACGCCGACUCGCUCCGUCAUCAUGAGGGCUGCCAACGGCCAAGCGUUCCUUUGUAAUGUGCCCGAGCAAGCUCCGCCUGCCACAGUGUCACCUUCCGGUACUGCACAUGCUGCCGUGGCCGCCCAGCCAUCAUCGAGACUCGAAGUCGAGGCGGCACGUCAUCAGGCGCUCGAACGAGGAUUGAAGCUCCUCGAGCCUCUCAUUGGCAGCUGUCUCUAUCACCAGCAAAACUGGUGGACGUAUGCAUUCUGCUAUGGUGCAGAGAUACGCCAGUUCCACGAGGUCCGCUCACCAGAGACGCACCUCCCUGGCGAGGAUGCCAAUAGUCCCUCGUUCACUCUCGGAAGAUACCCUUACAACCGCGAGAAAGGUCAGAGAUUGGAAGGUGGCGAGUCAGCAGGCAAAGCAGUGUCUUUAGGCUCUGGCCUGGGCGCACAAGCUGCGCUGUCAGACGUUCUGGCUGCUGGCGAGCCGAGUCUGUCCAACCAGCAGGACGACUAUCAAGAGCCGCAGUACCUCAGUCAGCGAUGGGACCAAGGCACCGUCUGCGACAAGACGGGUCAACGACGUCAGGUCGAAGUCCAAUUUCAUUGUGACUCGUCUGGUCUUGACAGGAUCGCAUUGAUCAGGGAGAAUGCUCUGUGCUCGUAUGUCAUGGUCAUUCACACACCUCGACUAUGCGGCGAACCGCUCUUUGCCGGUUCUGGCAAACGGAUGGAUCUGCAGAAGCCGCUGCCCAUCUCUUGUCGCCCCGUCGUCAAAGAUCUCCAGCGCUUGCAGCAAAAGCGACUUGCUGCUGCUGCUCUUGCUGCUCAAGAAAUCGCUGCUUCCCGUGCUGAGGGCGAGGCACACUCGCCCACGUCGUUCGGCAGUCCUAAGAGCACAGAUUCUCCCGUGAAAGCAGCUGCCAAUACGCCAAGCGAAAGUGCAUCUAGUGCCGAAGCCUUUUCGGUCGACAGCCUGUCAAAAAUGAUCUCAGAGGCGCUCACAGAAGCGCUCAAUGGCCAGCUUGGCGAGAUGUUGGGCGAGAGCAAGGGUCAGUUUGCGGGUAUCACUGCGGAUCAACUCGAGAUCAAAGCAAUCGCCAUGCCGCAAGGCAACAAGAACGAUCGCGCUGCACAGCCGCAAGUGCAUACCCUCAAGAUGAGCUCUUUGCCGGCCAGCAGGAAUAGUAAACGACGGGCGCUCAGCACUUCGCAGCACCAAGAGCUGGCGAAAGUCUACGGACAGAGCUAUGAUGACUCGGACCAUGACAGCGAGGCUCCUCCUGCUGCUGUCCUGCGUCAUCGAGGCACAACUCAUCAGAUGGCCAAUACCCGACCAGUCGUACUCGUCACCGGCGCUUCCCGAGGUCUUGGCCUCGCUGCGACUCGCAUCCUGCUCGAAAAGCCAUUCGCAGCAAGUGUCGUCGCACUAAGUCGUUCCUCGCCGCCCGAGCUCGAAGACCUCGCUGGACGUUACCCAGGCUCGUUGAUCAUCUCAAAGGGCGAUGUUUCCAAAUCGGCCGACGUACAAGCAGCUGUCGAUGUCGCCAUGCAGUCCUACUCACGACUCGACUCGCUCAUCCUCAAUGCUGGCACGGUAGAGCCAAUGGCCAGAAUUGCCUCGCUAGAGCUUGAUCAGAUCAAAGAGGCCUACGACGUCAACUUCUUCAGUCUGUUUACUGCUCUCAAGAUAUCUCUGCCUUACCUGCGCAAAGCGGAAGGCGGCGGUAGAGUCGUCUUCACGAGUAGUGGCGCUGCGACGGGUAGAAUGGCCGGAUGGGCGGUCUACAAUUCAACAAAGGCAGCUAUGAAUAGCCUGUGUAGGACACUGGGAUCCGAAGAGCCGGACAUCACGUCUGUUGCGCUGAGGCCGGGCGUAGUAGCGACAGAGAUGCAGACGGUUAUGAGAGGCAAGGGCAAAGGGCAUAUGGCCGAUGAUGAAUACGAGCGCUUUGUCGACCUUCAUAAGUCAGACAAGCUACUGAACCCAGACGUGCCUGGCUUUGUGAUGGCCAAACUUGCACUCGAGGCAUCGAAGGAGCUCAGCGGCGGUUUCUACUCAUGGGAUAGCGACGAGAUGAAGCCAUACCGGACGCCAUGA